UUAUGACUCAAGCAACCACCAACUCUUCCUUUGCAAGUAACAAAUCAUCACUCAUCCGCAUUGUCAAUACUCUAUCCAAUCCAGCUCGGAAAGCCAACAAGAAUCAACCGCUUCAACUCUUUUGAAAAGCAAACAAAACCAAAAGCAUAAGACAAAGAAGGACAAAAUUGCAGUUACCAAUGAACAGAGAAAGUACAACCCAAGAUUUGUUCUCACAAGCCUUUUCUCUCCUUUCAUGGCUUUGAAUAUGAUGCUUCAAUCAUGGUUAGUUUUGAGCCUUGUUUUAGUACUAGACGGUUUAUCAGUACCAACCUGUCACUGCCAGACGAACAUUGAAACUUUCUACCCCAAUGAAACUUCAGCACCAGCCCCGGCAACACAACCGCCGGAGCCGCCACCACUACCACCACCAACACAAGGGCAGGCUCCGGGACCAGUGGUGGCGUCCCGGAGUACUUCAUCGAAUGGUAAGAUCGCAAAGGCGGUGGCUGUAACUGCAGCAAGCACUUUGGUUGCUUGUGUUUUAAUGUUCAUUUUAGUCCAGAGGUGCUUAAGGGGAAGAAGAAAAAGAAAGGAAAUCAUGGUGAGUAACACUGGUGGUUCUGGUGGAGAUAGGCGUGUUGUUCCUCAGGGAAAUGCGUUUGAACGAAUUGAUGGGAAUGUCAGGGGACUGAUUGUUGAUGAGGAUGGUUUGGAUGUGGUUUAUUGGAGAAAACUUGAAGGGAAAAACAACAACAACAACAUGGAUCUUCAUAAGGAGGUCUUGCAAAGUCCCAAAAAUGAAGAAGGAAUAGAAGAUGAUCAACGUCAAGGGAAAAAAAAUAUCAAGUUCAUCCAAGAAAUUCCUCUGCUUCGUGGGAAAUCUUCAUCUUCCCACAUGAAGAUAUCUCCAGAAGAGGAUCAGCCAUGUAGAUUUGCAACAAUUCCCUCUCCUCUUCCUUCAUCUUCUUCUGUUCCUCGGGUAUUAGGUGGAGUUGCUAUCAAGGGUGUUCAGGAACCAGAUUCUCCUUCUCAACCAUCCACUCCACCCCCUCCAAUUUCGCCAUCAACACCAUCCCCCAUUUCUUUUCCAGCACCACCUGUCCCUCCUUCAAUCCCAGCUAGACAGAGUCCAACACCACCUCCUCCGACGACGAAGACAGGUGCUUCGAAUUCAUCAUCAAAAACACCACCUGGUCCCAUUGAAAUGCCAGUUAUCUCCACCAGCAAGCAAGGAGACUCUUCAGGGAAAGGCAUGCCAGAAACAAGCAAUGAUCAAGUGAAGCUGAAGCCUUUGCAUUGGGAUAAGGUGAAUACUAAUGCUGAUCACUCCAUGGUUUGGGACAAAGUUGAUCGUGGAUCUUUCAGUGUGGAUCAAGAUCUUAUGGAAGCUCUCUUUGGUUAUGUGGCCACGAACCGAAGAUCCCCAAAAGGAAAGAAUCACUCAACAAGUCCAAGCAGGGAUACCUCUGCUCCAUCAACAAAAAUAUUCCUUCUUGACCAGAGAAAAUCACAGAACAUUUCUAUUAUAUUGAAAUCUCUUGCAGUCUCACAAGGUGAAAUUCUUGAUGCGCUCGGCGAUGGUAAAGGCCUCAACAUGGAAACCCUUGAAAAGCUAUCUAGAGUUUCCACAGCAGAAGAAGAGCAAUCACUGAUCCUUCAAUACAAAGGAGACCCAGCAAGACUUGCUGCAGCUGAGUCUUUCAUCUAUCACAUCCUUAAAGCGGUUCCUUCAGCAUUCAAGCGCUUGAAUGCGAUGUUGUUCAGAUUGAACUAUGAUUAUGAGAUUCUAGAAAUCAAGGAAUCUCUACAGACCAUUGAACUGGGGUGUAAGGAGCUUAAAAGCCAUGGAAUCUUUGCGAAGCUUCUUGAAGCAGUGCUUAAGGCAGGAAAUAGAAUGAAUGCAGGAACUGCUAGAGGUAAUGCUCAAGCUUUUAACUUGGAUUCUCUAAGAAAGCUUUCUGAUGUCAAGAGCAGCAAUGGAAAUACCACAUUACUUCACUUUGUGGUUGAAGAGGUAGUUCGUUCGGAAGGAAAACGUGUUGUUCUGAACCGCAAUCACAGCCUGAGCCGUAGUAGUAGCAGUAGGAGUACUAGCAACAUCAGCGGAGACUCCACGAGCAAUGCUGCUUCAAAUGGAGAAAGAGAAAGGGAAUUUACAAAGCUAGGAUUGCCAAUUGUAGGAGGGAUCAGUUCUGAGUUGUCAAACGUUAAGAAAGCAUCACAUAUAGAUUACAACAGUAUAGUUGGUUCAAUCUCAGCCCUCUCAACGCGGCUAGUUGAAAUUCAAGAACUUGUUUCUCAGUGUGGAAAUAGUGAAGGAGAUUGUUUUGCAAAAGAAAUGAACCAUUUUCUCCGAAAUGCUGAACAAGAAUUGAAAUUAGUGAGGGACAAAGAAGCAAGCACAUUGCAGCUUGUCCAUAGAACAACACAAUAUUAUCAAGUAGUGGCUUCAAAAGACAAUGCAGCACAAAGUCUCAAACUAUUUGUUAUAGUAAAGGAUUUUAUGGGGAUGGUUGAUCAAGCUUGCAUUGAGAUUGCGCGUGACAUGCAGAAGAGGAAGACCCUCAAGUAAAUUUUUGGCUAAUCACCAGAAGAGUAAUAGAAAGAAGUCAUGAGAUUAUCUGAUUCUAAUAAUCUCAGCGAAUCUAAUUCACGACUCAGUCUAUUUCGGCUUAUAUAACUCUAAUAAUGGCCUAAGUGAUUUAACUCUUACUCAAGUUCUGAUGGCACCAGAAGAGUUUGUGAAUCAGGAAAUCAAAGAAAAGUGCUACUUCUAACCUUUACAAGUUCAGAAGUGCUUGAAAGCAGGCUACGAUUUACAAUUCAGAAGCCGAAAGCAUGUUGGUGAUGUUGCCAUUUUUCCACUCCUGCAAGUCUAAAGUAUAAAGAACUAUAUUAGCCCUCGUUUAAUUUUAAUUACCGUGUACAUCAUUAUUGAAUUGUUGGAUUCUUUUAGCAUCAACCAGAACUUGGUUGUCUACCUCUGACUUCCUGUUAUACUUGUACAUAACAUGUUGGUCAAUUUUUAAUUUUUUUUCGCUAAAUGGAUUUUAGAAAAAGUCA